AUGCCUAAAAACUUCACACUUCUAAUGACAUUGGCACCAUACAAAGGGAUCAGAGAUCCUAAAGUUCAUGUUACAAAAUUCGAAUCCAUGAUGUUUCUAAAUAGUGACUCCGAUCCCAUCUUGUGCCGAUCUUUUCCAACCUUUUUAGAUGGAGCAGCUUUAUUAUGGUUUUCUAGUUUACCUACAGGUUUUAUAUCCAGCUUUGACGAGUUUGCCAAAUUGUUCAUAAAUCAUUUCGCAGCAUCCAAAAUCUACGUACAAGACUCAGACUACCUCGACACAAUCAAACAAGGUCAGCAUGAGAGCUUGAAGGAUUACAUGACGUGCUUCACAAUAGCAGCCAUGGAAAUCUCAUACCUCAAUCCAAAAGUGCAGUUACAUGCGAUAAAAAGCGGCCUCAAAACUGGAAAGUUCCAGGAAGCAAUAGCAGUCACAAAACCGAAGACAUUAGAGGAGUUUAAAGAUAAAGCAAUCGGACAAAUCGAAAUUGAAGAGCUGCAUGAAGCUCGAAGAAACGAAAGACCAGCACAGAAGGAGGAAGAAAAGACUUCCUGA